GCAUAAAGUGCUGAGUGUGUUUCUCUCAACCCCACAUCUUCUCCAUAAUAACCCCUACCGAUACUCCCCUGGAUCCCCUACUUCAUCUUUUAUAAUGGCUAGUGGAGGUGAUGCUCGUUUUUUUGCACGAGUACGCUCCUCUCUGUCAGUAUGCUCUGAAGUGUACCAUCUAACGUCGAGAAUUGUAGGGAAAAGUCGCCGAGCUCCGCGCUGAACUCAACAGUGAUAAGAGGGACAAGAACUUCGCUAAAAAAAAGAUUACGCUCAAGAAGAUCGUGGCCAAUAUGACCAUGAGUAACAAUGAUAUGGCAGCGUUGUUUCCAGACAUAAUCAACUGCAUGGAGAUACAAGCCCUGGAGAUCAAGAAGAUGUUCGAGACACCUUCCCAUCCAGGGCGUGCAAGCUUGAGGUUUGAGGGUUUGAGAGCAGAAUUGCUGAUAUGGUAGUGUGGAUCGCAGGUGUUUCCUCUUCUUGGUAAACUACGGUCGAAUGAAGCCCGAGAUGGCUCAGCGCGCGCUCCCAAUCCUGAUCAGAGUACCAUCCCCGCAACUUUGGUCACCGAUUAUCCCCCUGUUUUACCUCACGACUGACCCAUCUAGGAUAUGGAUGAUCAUAAUCCGCUUGUUCGAGCUCUGGCGCUACGGACAAUGUCCUACAUCCACGUUCCUCAAUUCGUCGAAGCUACGGUUGUUCCGCUACGACACCUCCUCCGUGACUCCGACCCCUACGUCCGAAAGACGGCGGCAUUUUGCGUUGCGAAGCUUUACGACCACGAUAGAGAUCUGGUAGAGGGUAGUGGGGGUGCGAAUGAGCAAGGCUUAAUUGAGGGGUUGAACGGGCUUUUGAAGGACGAUAAUCCCACAGUUGUUGCUAGUGCUUUGGUGGCAUUGAUGGAUAUCUGGGAGAGGAAUGAGAGUAUAAGACUCACUAUUGAUCACACGAAUGCGAGUAAGAUCGUUCAGAUUCUACCAGAUUGCUCAGAGUAUGUGAUUCCGUGAUGUUGAGUCCCAGGCGUCUCUUACCUUGGCUCUGCACUCUUGAUGUUAGAGAGCGCUAACUUUCCUAGAUGGGGCCAAACAUAUAUCCUAGAAGCACUAAUGGCCUACGUUCCUCAGGAAACGGCCGAAGCGGUCAUGAUGGCUGAGCGUAUCUCACCUCGACUGCAGCACUCCAACUCUGCCGUAGUUCUUACCUGUAUCCGGGUGAUUCUCUACUUGAUGAAUUACAUUGCGGACCAAAAGGAGAUUUCAACUCUCUGCCGAAAACUAUCACCACCACUCGUUACUUUGCUGGCGAAAGGGCCCGAAGUACAAUAUCUCGCGCUAAGAAAUGCUUUACUGAUAUUACAGCGGCGGCCAGAGGUUCUCAGGAAUGAUAUCAGAGUAUUUUUCUGCAAAUACAAUGAUCCUAUCUAUGUUAAAGUCACUAAAUUGGAGCUGAUAUUUAUGUUGGCAAACGAGGACAAUAUCGAGGAAGUUUUAACAGAACUGCGGGAGUAAGUAUCUCCGUUUGCUCUCUUUGGUCGCUUCAUCUUAGAGUGAUGUUAAAUCAAGGGCUGCAGAUAUGCCACUGAGAUCGACGUUCAUUUCGUCCGCAAAUCAGUCAGAGCGAUCGGAAAAUUGGCCAUCAAGAUUGAACCGGCUGCUCGCCAAUGCAUCAACACCCUCCUCGAGCUUGUCUCAACAAAAGUCUCGUAUAUUGUGCAAGAAGCUACCGUAGUAAUCCGGAAUAUCUUCCGCAAAUACCCCAAUCAAUACGAAUCCAUAAUUUCAACACUUUGCGAGAAUCUCGAUUCUCUGGACGAGCCAGAAGCCAAAGCCGCCAUGAUCUGGGUUAUUGGCCAAUACGCGGACAGAAUUGAGAACAGUGAUGUCCUCCUUGAAGACUUCCUCUUUUCCUUCCAGGACGAGCCGGUAGAAGUGCAACUUGCACUGCUGACAGCCACUGUAAAACUUUUCAUCCAACGCCCGACAAAGGGACAGGACCUGGUACCAAAAGUUCUCAAAUGGGCGACCGAAGAAACAGAUAAUCCCGAUCUCCGUGACAGAGGCUACAUGUACUGGCGGCUGCUCUCGGCAGACCCUGCAACAGCAAAGAAGAUAGUGAUGGGUGAGAAGCCGCCUAUCACAGCGGAGACCGAGAAACUGGACCCCACUACUCUUGAAGAAAUGUGUUUGAACGUGGGAACCCUAGCAACAGUCUAUCUCAAGCCUGUUAAUCAGGUUUUCCGAACUGCCCGUCCAAAGAGAUUGACGGAUAGUCCGGCCUUACAGAGGCACACGCUUCCAACAGCGAUCGCUGAACAGGCACAUAGAAGAGCGCUUCAGUCCGAACAGCAGCAGCAGCAGCUAGUGGAAAAGAGGACCUCGGAGGAGGGUAUGGGAAAUCUGCUUGGUGGUGACCUCGCGGCAGCAGUUGAUGCCGCAGAUGAUUACUUUUCCGGGGGUGGAGGAGGAUCGGGGACGAACCCGUUUGCGGUCAGCGGGGGACCAGUGGCUGGUGGUGGGCAGUAUGGUUUGUUUUCCCCUUUCACCCUUGCGCUAAUUACUGCUAACCUCCAAUCCAGUCGUCAAUCAGAAUGCGCCCCAGCCCAUAUAUUCUCCCCAACAGGGCGGAGAUCUCCUACUGUUGUAGGGUAAGGGGGUGUUUAAGGAUUCAGAUAUACUGGCGUUCCUUGAUGUGACACGAACGGGGUGGAUUGGGACCGCAAAAGUAUCAGAGAGAUCUUUCUAUAUUUCUUAUACCAUUUUUGAUUCCUUAUAAUACUGUAUUUAUACCUUUUAUCUCUCAACCACGGCCCAAUUACCUACCCAGUAGUUUCGAUUUCAGUAUAUCAUGAGUUUGGCUUUUUGUUAUCGAGUUGGAGGGUGGUAUGGGGCCGGGGCAUCUGAUGUUAACAUAAACAUAAAGGUGAGCUGGUUUAAAGAAACCGCCAACUCAUCCAGCGAAUACCGAAUAAUUUAAUCGAGAUUAAGCCCAACCUCCUCAUCCAGGAUACUGCAAAACUUCUCACUGCCGCUAGUAGGGAAAUGUUUAAACUCGAAACCCUCCGCCUUUGUAACGGCCUCAUGAAGAUUUCUACCCGGAAAAAGCCGCCAUCAGCCAGCUCGCCCCAACACCCCUUCCAGCAUAGCAAGCCCCUCUUCCUCCCAAAACCACACAAGAAACAGACAAAUAAAUAAACAAAGAAACAGGACUUACUCCACAAACCCCUCAACCAGAUACCCCACCCCGCCAAGCUCCUCCGCCAACUCCUUCUGAUGAUUAUCCAUGAGCGCACCAUUGGCCACGACGACCAGCCGUUUCUGAUACCUCAGCGCAUCGAGAAUGCUCCCACUGCCAGCGUGCGAAAUGACCAGGUCCGCGUGCGUGACCUCGGUGCGGAGGUCGUCCGUGAAGCCGAAGCCGGUGAGCUCGAUGCUGCCGCAGGACGGCAGCGCCGCGGCGGAAAGUGUCCGGAAGAGCUUCUCGCAGUCGCCGUAUUGGAUGCGGAGGGCGGUGUAGCCGAGGGAUUGGAGGGUGGCCAGGAACGUGGCCGAGAGGGAUGCGGAGAGGAGCGACGGGAAGGGGGAGGUGGCGCCGGUUGUUACGAGGAUGGUUUUCGUGGGGGUGUUGGACAUUGCUGGCGUUCUUGGGGUGGUGGAUGGAUGGAUGGAUGGAUUGGUGGAAGAGCUCGGUUAGACUGGUGGUUGGGUGAAGGGGUGGGCAAAAUGCUCGAGUACUCGUACAAGUUGGAGAUUGGUUUGGGAGUAUUGUGUUGCUGGAAUAGGAUUUGAUAUAGU